AUGCCCGCGGCACCGGACCAGGAUAAGGAGUUGAAGGUUGACUUGUACACUAGUGCGGGGCAGCCGUACAAUGUCAAGCAACUGCAGUCGGAGUUUCACGCUAUCUCGCCUGCCGAGGCGUACGCGGAGUUGUGCCAGCGCUAUCAGUGCCACCCCAUCACAGCCGUCGCUGCCAUGUUCUCCAGCGGCGUGGGCGACUGGAAUGCGACGACGGCGCUGAACUUUUCAUGCAUUUACGUUGGACCGAAGGGCAUUCGGCCGGUGGUGGAGAUGUGCAAGCGACUCCCCGCACUAACGUUGCUGAAUUGCGCCAAUAACUACCUGACAAAUGACUCCGUCUAUUUUAUCACGCGGAUGGCAAUGUUUCAUCCGGCGUUGGAGCGCAUUGAGCUUGCCUGCAAUGAGUUUAUCUCGUGGACGGGCGGCACCUACCUGACGGAGCUGGUGGUUCGCAACACAAACAUAAAGGAGGUGGGCACGCGCUCCACGGCGAUUCCGACACGCGUGGCAGAGGCGGUGUUUGAGCAGACGCGGCGGAAUUGCGUCCUUGCGUCCCAAACAGUGGGACGAAUGCCGAAGCCCACAAACCACCCCGCUGCCAUUCGCCUGCGUACCAUGAAACGAUUUUUUAUGGAAAGGCAGGAAAACGGCACUGUUCCUGCCUCUGCUCUUGCGGAAGGAUUCCGUGAGCAUCUUAGCAUUUUAGGUCAAGAACGAGACAUUGGCAACUACACACCUGACUUCUACGAGAAACUAUGCCAGGGCGUACCACAAGACCGCAUCCCGUGGGAAGCCUUCAUUAUAGCACUGCAGCUGGAUGGCAGCAUUUAUGACGCGGAUCUUGUUAAAAAGGUUCAGCGUGUAUUUUUGGAAUUCAAUCUUGAGCCUACAGCAGGGACAAAAGGGUUUGUAGAGGUGCGAGACCUCGCUGCCAUGUUCACACGACUCUAUGGUGAGCCACCGACAUCGGCGGAACUGGCUAAUAUGUAUGCUUGCUUGGGGCUUGAUGAUACCAUGACGCUCCACUGGGAUGAGUUUUUGCCUUUAAUGUACAUUCGCGGUCCAAAGGAAAAGACCCUGGCCUCGGGGUGGCAGCUAACGCCACUUCAAUUUCCGCUCAUGCUUUACUUCUGA